AUGUCGGAGGUUCGGCCAUGGGGUUAUGGGUGGCGCUCGUCGCAAUCGUUUGUCAUUUUCACUGCCACCUUGGGACUCUUUUCUGAGACUUUUCUGUACGCUUUCAUCGUGCCCAUCUUGAGUUAUAUGAUCGAGGACCGACUAGAAUUGCCUCCAUCCCAAACACAGUGGCUUACCACCGCACUUCUUGCGACUCACGGGUUUGUCUCGGUAGUAUCUGCUCCAAUCAUUGGUCAUUUUGCGGACAAGACGUCAAGUCGCAGAAUACCCCUCCUCAUUGCUCUAGCAGGAUGCUUUGUGGGAACGCUCUUGCUUUCUAUUUGCCCUUCCGUGUGGGUUCUCUUCGUGGGUCGUAUUGUUCAAGCGGCCUCCGGGUCAGCGGGCUGGAUUGUAGCCUUUGCCACCUUGACAGAUAAUGUCAAGCCAGACCAUAUCGGCAAAGUGCUCGGCACGGCCAUGUCAUUCGUGAUAGCCGGCAUUAUCACAGGGCCGAUGGUCUCUGGGGCAUUACUUCAGCUAGUAGGAUACUGGGCUGCAUGGUCUGCUCCUCUUCUGCUUCUUGCGGUGGGUUUCAUCGCGAGGCUGCUCAUGCUCGAGAAAAAUGAUAUGCAGGUUGCAACCUCAGAGCACGCAUCGAUUGACGAACAAGAAGCAUUACUUGGCGCAAAUAUUUGCAAUAGCAAGCCUGAUCUGGAACAACAAUGUCCAGCACCGCCAUCCCUUGGCUUCUACCGCAUUGUGCUAUGCAAUAUUCGAAUUAUUGCCGGGCUUCUCAAUACGGUAAUGUUCUCUAUGAUUCUAUCUGGAUUCGACGCCACAUUACCGCUUCACCUACAAAGAGUCUUUCAUUGGGGUACUUUGCCGAUAGGUAUUAUCUUCCUUGGGUUGCAGGUCCCCGGCAUGGCCCUAGGCCCUGUAGUCGGAUGGCUUCGUGACCGGGUGGGACUGCGCAAUCCGACUACCAUCGGGUGGAUUCUUAUUGCACCCUUGCUAUGGAUGCUGGGCAUUCCAGGAACUGGAGUUGACUGGGCAGAUAAUGAAGCAAAUGGGCAAGUCAUCUUCAUCAUUGGUGUUGUUGGGAUCGGUAGUGUUGCGCCACUGGUUCGCGGGGCGGGAACAUUCCAGCUAAUAGCUGUUACCAACGAUUUGCAAAGCAAGAACGCUUCGAUCUUUGGGCCUCAUGGAGGUAGCUCAAGAAUCUUCUCGAUUACGGAGAUUGCCUUCAAUAUUGGAACAAUGCUUGGGCCCCUUUUUUCGGGGGCUCUUGUGGAAGCAUUUGAUUUCUUGACAAUGGUUGGCACCUUGGGUCAGUGGUACGACAUUGCAGAUGUGAGACAAUACUAA